AUGGUCUCCGUGCCGUCGCCCAGCUACCUCCCGCCGCUGGCCUUCGAGCCAUUCGCACUCAGCGAGCCCCACUCACUAACCUUGACAGCCCCUCCCACCCCGCCACCCACCACGUCUACCCACCCGCCGCCGCCCACCGCCUAUUCCCACCACCCGUCGACGCGCAUACGAGGCCCGCGCGUCCGGCCGCAGCUUCGCCUCGUCAACGGCAGAAACCCACAAGCACCUGCACGCGGGAGCGCCUCCGACGCGGAUGUCGAUGCUCCAGGAGGAUCGCUCCGUCUUGCGUUUGGCCGGGAGUCGACCAGUGCCCGUACCUCACGGAACGCUAUCCUAGCGAAGACCCGGCCUCCCCAGGCGUACGAGGGCCUGGAGAGAUUCGCAAGCGACGCAGGUGCGCGGAUGGUGCGUCGGCCUGCAGUGCGCCCUGGCACCGCACCCGAUCUCGGCCCCGCGCGCAGCAGGCACGGCGAGUCCUGGUCCGCGAACGCAGGCCGCGAUGUCGGCCGCGCAGCACCGGCGACGCCGCUGGGCGCUGGCAGUGCCGCUGGCGGACCGCAGGCGUCCCACCGCAUUCUAAUGGCGACAGAUCCUCGGUUGGCAGCUGUCCAGUUCGAGAUCCAGAAACCGCAGACAGCGCCGCCUGCUAUGGAAGACCCUGGGCUCGAUGGAGGUGCUGCCGGCAUUGAUCUUUCGCACGACGACCCGUUCAAGUUCAAGGUGACGGGCGACGACCUGCCGUACCCGUCGCCGUCGCACCUCACCCCGCCGGUUGCGUACGACGAUCAGAAUCAGAUGAGUCGCCCGGAUAGCCUUGCUUCGUCGCGCCCUGCCUCUGCGUUGCCCGGCGCCACUAUCGACGCGCUCGAAGACCUCGCAGCUGGGCUGCGGCACAUGAACCCACAUAACCCUCCUCAAGAGGUCGUUGCGCGUUCUCGUCGCCCCAUCGGACCACGACCGCGCUCGCCACCGAGCGCCGCCUCCUCCCACUUCCCGAGGUCUGGUCUCGGCUCGGCUUACUCUUCGACGGAGAUGCUGGACAUCGUUGACGAGGCGGGUCUGUCGGAGAAUGGUGGUGUCAGGCCCAGCUCGCCACGGCCCAUUCGUGAGGACGUUGAAUGGGUUGCGGACUACGGCCUGUGGUGCAGCUCGUCGAAGGGGAAGUGGAAGGUUCCGUGGGUGGAGAAUGACGCAGACGAGACCGUGAGUGCGCCAGAGCCUGCUGUGCUGCUGCUUCGCUCACUAUCCCUUCCAUCCUUCCCCUUCCUCAAUCAGCAUGCAUCUCAUGCCGCCCAGGCUACCGAAGCAGACUCCGAGCCGUACUUCACGUACGAUCCUCAGAACGCUCCCGAGUUCCUAGUGGGUAAGUCCAGCUCGCUCACAGUGACCGCCGCGCCCGGCUUCCACAGCCGGCGCCUGCCCCGUCUCCGCACCGCGCGCAGGCAGCAUGGCCGCAAUAACCGUCCACCAGGCCUCGUCCUCGCGUCCGGCUCUCAACCGGAUCCGCCAACCCCUGACGAUUCCAACCCUCCCCCACCGUCGCACCGUGCCCCUCCACACAGCGCCCCGGCCACCCAUUCACAUUUCAACACGAAGCCGCACAAGCAGCCUGAUCUCCGCGGCCUCGAACUGCUCAUCGGACCCCUCGAACCGCGAAGCAAGCCGCCGCCGAAGCCGAAGACCCUGUAUCAUCGCCGCCGGUGA